AUGUGGAACUUUUUGGACAACGAGCGUGUGAGCAGAUUGCAGAACUUAUCAAUGAACUCGUUUCUUGUGGCGUUCAGCUUUGGCUCUGAGAUCGGCCACAUUUCCGCGACUCUUGCUCAUCUUACGGCCGUCCAUCAGCCAAUGGCCAUGCACAAACACGGACCGUGGAAGUGGGAGCUCGCAAGCCAUCAGGAAACACGGCCAAUGAACGCAGUGGAAUUUGACAAUCUCCUUGCCAACAAGAUGAACAAGAGUGUCCGGCAAAGGCUCCGUUCCCGGGCUUUUCAACAGCGUGGUGUAGUACACGGCUGGUUGGACAAACGAGGGGUUGGAUUCGAGCAGCUGGAUCAGACGGUCCUGGAAACUGCUGAGUCUGAAGAAGUAGUUCUGCUCAGACUCGAAUGCCACGGAAGCCCCGGUUUCCUUGGCCACCAUUUUCCCGUCCACUUCCUCCACGUCCUGAUCGGUGUAGAAGCAUUCGUCAGACACAGAAUACCAGCCGGAGUGCUCACCUUUGUAGAUAUGGCCAUUUUCCUUGAGAACGGUCCAGAAAUGCUGGACAGCCGUGAGAUGGUCGGGGUCUGUUGUUCUGAUGAAUCUGUCGUAGUUGAUGUCGCCUGUGGCUGCGAGCUCUUUAAAUUUGGCCGACAACCCGUCACAGAACAGUUUCGGAUCCUUUCCAAUAGCCUGAGCGGCAGUCUAGACAUGUUGGCGUUAUUGUUUUUCGUGUCGCUGGCGCACGCGUUCUACUCGAAUUCUCGGUACGUUUACGAAUUGACGCCCGAUUCGUUCGAGGACGUGGUUUUCGGCACAAACCACACCACGGUGGUCGAGUUCUACGCCCCCUGGUGCGGCUACUGCCAGCAGUUCCGGCCCCACUACGCCAAGGCGGCCAAAGCCGGCUCAGAGGUGGCCCAGUUCGCAGCAGUCGACUGCAACGAGGACGCAAACAAGCCGCUGUGCAACAAGUACAAGAUCGAAGGGUUCCCUACGGUGCUUGUUUUCCGCGCCCCCAUCUGGUCCGGUAAAAACGAGCGAAAAAGCACCCAUGUUCCUGACCAGUUCCGUGGCGAGCGGACCGCAACGCAGCUCCUGGAUUUUGUGAAAGGCCGCGUGAGAAACUACGUCAAAAGGGUCUCACCAAACAACAUCUCCAAGUUCCUCAGCCCCAACGACAAGCCACGGGUUUUGCUCUUGACCAGCAAGACGUCUGUGUCGCCGAUGUUCAAGUCGGUUGCAAUCGACUAUCUCGGGAAAGUCGAACUUGGCUACAUCACUGUCAACGACAAAAAUAGAGACGUGGUAGCACAGCAUCUGGACAUCGCAAAACUGCCCCAGAUCGUGAUCAUCGACAAAGACGGCAACCAGAACGUCUAUGAAGGUCCUUCUGAGAAACUGGCUAUCGAAAAAGCAUUAAGUGAGUACGCAGACCCGGGAGACGGCGAGUUAAGCGAGAGAGGAGCGUUCCUCAAGGGAAUUAAGUCAAAACUGUACAAAAGCAUGCGCGACUUUAAAAAGCGCAAGAGCCCCAAGUCCAAGAAGUCCAAGAAGUCCAAGUCGAAAAGUCCGGCAAAAGACGAGCUACACCUGGACACGUGCACGUCGAAGCCGGCGCCUAAGCCACAGAGUUCUGGCGCUUCAGAGCCGUCACGAUCGGUCUCAUCGCUGCUGACAGGUACCAAAUCGAGGAAACAGCAUUAUGAGGGCGCACAGAAACGAUCUCUGGAUUCCAGCCAAACGCCCUCGUCAGAGGCCGAUCCAGACACGUCAAUUGAGAUCGUGGAACCAGAACCGAAGGUGCGCAAAACCGAUCCCGCAGAAGAUCUCCGAUUGCUCAAGGCCCAGGCCAGACUUCCGUUGGCAGAGCGAUUACGGCCGUCCAAUCUGGAUGAUUACAUUGGUCAACAGCAUUUGGUUGGAGAAGGAGGCAUUUUGAGAGGCUUCAUUUUGAACGACAGAAUCCAGUCGAUGAUCCUGUGGGGAGGCACGCAACGAGUACAAACUGACCAAGAGACACACUAUCGUGUUUAUCGAUGA